UCUCCGGAUCCUUGAAAGAAGGCGACCCCUCUCGCCCAGGCCAGCCCCGGCGCAGCCCGUGCGCCCCUCACCAUGGCAGCGCCGACGCGGCUUUUGAUCCGCGGGGGUCGCGUAGUCAACGAUGAUUCCUCGCAGGUGGUGGACGUGCUGGUGGAGGACGGGGUGAUUCGGGCGCUGGGGCGCGACCUGCUGCCUCCGGGGGGCGCGCCAGCCGGGCUGCGGGUCCUAGACGCCGCGGGCAAGCUGGUCCUACCCGGCGGCAUCGACACGCACACGCACAUGCAGUUCCCCUUCAUGGGCACACAGUCCGUCGACGACUUCCACCAAGGCACCAAGGCUGCCCUGGCAGGAGGCACCACCAUGAUCAUUGACUUUGCCAUUCCUCAGAAAGGCAGCUCCCUCAUCAAGGCCUUCGACACCUGGAGGGGCUGGGCUGACCCCAAAGUCUGUUGUGACUAUAGCCUCCACGUGGCCGUGACAUGGUGGAGUGACCAGGUUAAAGAAGAAAUGAAAAUCCUUACCCAAGAUAAAGGUGUAAACUCUUUCAAAAUGUUUAUGGCCUAUAAAGAUGUGUACAUGAUAGGGGACCAGGAGCUGUAUGCGGCCUUCUCUCAGUGCAAAGAUAUUGGAGCGAUCGCUCAGGUCCACGCAGAAAACGGAGACCUAAUUGUAGAGGGAGCAAAGAAGAUGUUGGCAUUGGGAAUAACAGGCCCCGAGGGCCAUGAGAUGUGCCGCCCAGAAGCCGUGGAGGCAGAGGCCACGCAGAGAGCUGUCACCAUAGCCAGUGCUGCCAACUGCCCACUCUACGUUGUGCAUGUGAUGAGCAAGUCAGCUGCCAAGGUGGUUGCAGAUGCAAGGAGAGAUGGGAAGGUGGUAUAUGGAGAGCCGAUAGCAGCGGGUCUUGGCACUGAUGGCACUCACUACUGGAGUAAAGACUGGCACCAUGCAGCUCACCAUGUGAUGGGCCCACCCCUGCGCCCAGAUCCCUCAACACCUGACUUCCUGAUGAAUCUACUGGCUAAUGAUGAUCUAAGCACAACAGGGACUGACAAUUGUACUUUCAACACUUGCCAGAAAGCUUUGGGAAAGGAUGAUUUUACUAAGAUUCCCAAUGGGGUGAAUGGUGUUGAGGACCGGAUGUCAGUAAUAUGGGAAAAAGGCGUGCACAGUGGUAAAAUGGAUGAAAACCGAUUUGUGGCAGUUACCAGCACAAAUGCAGCUAAAAUCUUUAAUCUCUAUCCAAGAAAAGGAAGAAUAUCUGUGGGAUCAGAUGCUGACAUUGUGAUUUGGGACCCAAAAGCCACGAGGACAAUUUCAGCCACAACUCAUCAUCAGGCUGUUAACUUUAACAUCUUCGAAGGCAUGGUGUGCCAUGGAGUGCCCCUUGUGACUAUUUCCAGAGGCAAAGUGGUGUAUGAAGCUGGAAUUUUCAGUGUCACACCUGGAGAUGGGAAGUUUAUUCCUCGAAAGCCAUUUGCUGAAUAUAUUUACAAGCGGAUCAAGCAGCGGGACCAGGUUUGCACACCUACUCCCGUGAAGCGUGAACCUUAUAAGGGAGAAGUCGCCAUAUUGAAACCAAGAGGAACAAAAGAGGACUCUACAGCAGGGGGCCAGGAAACAAGUUUGCCCCUGAGCUGAGUGCUGUUGGUAAAAUCAGAGGAAAAGAAGCUGCUGUUCCCAUCACAGUUAAACAUUGUCAACCCGUGGAGAAACAGACCUUAUUUCAACUUCCCAAGAUCCUUUUGAAAAAAUAAUCGCUCGAGGCCUCUUUGAUUUUCUGUCAGAAGCAAUUGCUGUCUUUUCUCACUGUGACUUUGUUGCUGUGUGGGACUGAAGAUAUAAAUGAGUAUUAUUGUAAUGGAAAAUCUCUGUGAAAACUCAUUGAUGAUACCCUGAAAUGUCAUCUUUGCUUGUACUAGAUUUCUUUGUAUUUUAAAAAAUCACUUUCUGGCUUGAAGUUUUUGUAAUGGCUACAUUUGUUUAAAAGUAGAACAUUGUGAUUGUACAGUCUAUCAUAAUUCAUAAACAUUUAGAUCUUCAUUGUAAUUAAUAGACAUUUAGAUCAUCAUUCUAUAGCCUGUCCUCUGAGUUCUGUGUGUCUUGUAACUAGCAAGAUGGGGAUGCUGGGAAGUUGGUUUCGAUUCUAAUGCAUCACUUCCUGGGUGACAUCAGCUUCAGCAACUCCUGGAAAUCAGGUCCCUCGGCAAACCUCAUGCAGUCAAAUCGGUGUUCAACCUUAGAAUAACUCCACCACAAACUACCCAUUCACCCUGAUGUGGGCAGGACUGGGAGGAUGAGAUAGAAUCAGCACCAGUGAAUGAUGCUGCAGUUGUAUAAAUGACCAAACCAGGUCUUACCUUUGCAUGCAGAAAGCCAAACUCUGAAUCAGGAGAAGUCUUUACAUGGAGGAGUUUUGUUCAGCAUGGCCAUCAUCAGGGGAGUCAGGGCUUCACAUUUCCAGGUCCCAGGAGGUGCCGGGCAGACUAGGUGGCCUGAGUCCAGGUGUCUGACUUCCCCAGCAGGGUGUUUCCUUAGCCAUCAGCAGAUGUUUGCUGGCCGUGCCACUAUCAACCUCAGGGGCACACAGAGAAUUUUAUUAGGAUACAACACAGUUUUCCAAGUUCUCAGGAAUGUAUGUGGAGCCAGUUAAUCAUGAUGGGGGGAUGGGAGGGGAGAACAAAGGUAAAGAUUAAUUCUACUUAUUCCUAAAUUUUAGUGUAGGGGAGUUUUUUGUUGCAAAAUGGAGGGUGUCUGCCUGCACAGUGAUGUCUUCCCUCCCUUGCUCUCCCUGGGCCCUGUGCCGACCCUUCCUUCCCCGGUACACAGGCUGCUCAGGUCACUUCUCUUAGAUAAACAGGUCAAGAGAGAUUUUCAAAGCAGGGAGGAAAUCAGGUAGUUAUACUUUCAUUGCUGGUACAGCCACCCUAACUUACUCAGAUCAAGGGGGUGUCAGCAUAUUUGACAAAGGGUUGUGGGACUCCAGUUUACACAACUGUCAUUUGUUUUGAACACACAGCAAGAACAACAUCUAAAGUACCACAGGUAUUUUUUUCUCAGAUAGGAGUCACCUUAAAAUUCUGUAUUCCCUUGCUCUUCUACUUUGCUUGACAAUAAAAACUCCACCAUAAGACAACUGAACCCUCUGAAAAGAAACAAUUAUGUUGCUUUCUGAUCUAGAUACUAAUUCCUAUUUAUCCUUUAGUAUCACCUUAAAUAUCACCUCCUCUCAGAGGCCUCCCCAACCAAAGUGACUGGGGUAGAUUCCUCAUACUUGUCCCCCAUUGGGGCCUGUCAACAUACCCCAUCAAUACAGCCUCAUGGCACCAUCUCUCCAAGUGCUGGAACUACCAGCCUUGCAAGUCUGUCUCCUCCAGAAAACUGAAAGCUCAGCGGGGACUAGGAAAUCUGCUUCACCAUUUCCCAGCCUCUCCCAGAGUGCCUCAAAAUUGAUGAGCAUUCAGUGGUUAUUUAUUAAUUUUUGAAUAAAGGAAGAAAUGAAGGGGUUCCUGCUAUGUUCCUAAACAGAUACAGAUGAAUUUAGUGAGAACACUCAAGAAAAUAGGAACAAAUUUUGCGGCGCAUUUAGUGUAAAGGGCACUUUAAAUGAAGAAUAUGAAUUCAUUAUCUAGCUGCGGAAUCUAUUUGGGAGGAUGAAAUAGCUAUAGGAUUCCACGUCAAUGAAGUUAUUUGUCAGGAAUAUUUUUGUAGAAACAGUUCUAAAUCAUAACAAUGUAAGGCAGUGGCAAAACAUGAUUCAAGUUAUAAAUAUUUAAUAGCAUGUUUUUCAAGAUUGCCUCUAGUAUAUAAAGUCACCAAGCAAUUGCCUCUCAAAGGUCUGCACAAAGAAAACAGAACGAGUAGCAUUUCUUCUCCAUACACACCUUCCCUUGUCUAUGUGCUCCAGUGGACAGCAUGAUAUACUGGGAAGCAAAUAAACAUGGGCUCGAGGGCCUCCCCGGUGGCGCAGCGGUUGAGUGCUGGGUUGCAAAGCUGCCCGCAGCCUCUGCAGCGCCGGUUCAAUCCCCGGCUGCUCCCUGGCCACCGGAGGAGGGUCCCACAUGGCGCGCAGACCUCUCC